AUGCUGAAGAGGGCAGUUGAUGAAAACACGGGGGUGAGUAAGCACCCCCCCCAGAAGGCGAGAUCAAAAUCUGUUUCCAUCUUCUCGUUUUUUAAAAAAAAAAAGAAAAAAAAAAGCAAUUCCAAUGACAGCGUGAUUUCCACAAGCAACGACUCCUUUCAACUCACCCCCGGAGAAGGGAACAAAAAGGAACGGACCGGUAAAGGUGGAAGGGAAAAACAAAAUACGAUGGACGAAGAAUCGGCGACUGAAAGUAGAAAGGCAAACUGCAAAGACAACGCUGCAAACACAGCACAUAGCGAAUACACACAAAAUUACAACGAAUGUGAAGGGGUGAAAAAUUCUCAUUUAAAAAAAAAAAGAGAAAGUUUCUUCCAAAAAAUUAAUAUAUUGCAAAAAUUUAAAAAUUACAAAAAAAAAAAUGCCACCGGUACAUUUCACACAGGUCAUAACGCAAGCUCUGCAUCAGCUAAUGAUGAAGACAGGGAGGGAGAAACGAGCAGUUUCAACAAAAAGGGAAGUAGAGGCCAUGUGGACUACACCAAAAUGUACACCAAUUUGAAGAAGAACAAAAGCUACAGCAUAAAAGACGAAUUAAACAGCUUGAAGAACAAAGCCCAAAUGCUGCGUAAUAACAUUCAUUUUAAUGGGAAAAGAAAAACAGAUAAAGGGAGGCUAAUCCUUAAAGGUGUUAACUGCAGUAGUGAAAUUAUUCGUAAUGCAGACGAGAGGGAUUCUUCCUCCUGUGAGGCAAACUCGCUGUUAACAAAUUUUAAAAUGAAAAGCAACAAAUUGAAAUUUGAUGAAGAGGACUCAGUGGAAAAAAUGGGCAACCCUGGUAGGGAGCAAAAGGAGGAAAGAGAGUACAUCUUCGAUAGGAGCUCCGACAUCGAAGUGUGGGACGAGGUGAAAAGUGUCCGUGGGAACAACGCCGACGAGCCAGAGGGACUCAACUCCAACAGCAAUGUGAUAGAUUUUAACGAAUACGCGUACGAGGAGAAGAGGGAAGACGAGGCCUAUUUGGCUGAAUCGAGCGGGGUGGAGAGUGUAACUACCGGGGGGAGGGGUGCCCCAAACGUUGGCGCAGGCGGUGAGAGCGGCGAAAGUGGCAUACGCAGCAAACGUGAUGAGCGCGAUGGUUGCCGCGGGGGGGAGCCCAAACGAACAAGCGAGUUCUCCUUCGCAGGAAGUAAAGUCGAACUGGUGCGAAAUGUGCAGUCAAAUAUAAACGAUAACGUGAGGGCGAUCAGUAAAUAUGCGCUGUAUGGUAACAACAUGGGGGGAACGGAGGCAACAACUACCCAAGAGGGAGAAAAAUUAACCAGCAAAGAGGUUAUAACUACCUCUCAGUAUGAUGAACACAGAACGAAUGAAGACGUACACAAGGGGUGCUCUACAUCGAAAGGGCACCACGAUGACCACCAUCCACAAGGGAAAGACUCAUUAGAAUGUAUUCCCAUCGAUAGGGGAGAAAAUCAGGCGCAAAAGGAAAUCAUAAUAAAGUUAAUGUAUAACAAUAAUGGGAUUUAUUUUAACCAAGAUGAAAAUGGGACAGGGGGGGUUCCCUCAAGACGUGCCAGCACAGCUAAGGUCCCGUCACACGAUAAGGUGAAUUCCUAUCCUUAUGAAAGCAAAUCUGUAAAUGUAAGCAGAAGUGGAAGCACAAUUUUGCAUCCCAUUCGGCAGCAAGGAACAUAUGAGAAGGUGACGAACCAGACAAAGGGUAACAAUAAAUAUGUUAACGCACGCAAUGAAGAUGCACAUAGAAAGUUUAGCAGUCCAAAGGAUAGUAGGGGGCAUUACUGGGGAGCUAAAUCGCAAGGAAAUGCACCGAGAGGGGAUACCCACUGUUUGGGGAACCCCCAGGAGAAGCGCAGCAGCGGAAAUGCGAAAGGAGAAAAUAAAAAAAAAAAAAACCUAAAUGACACAACAGAGGAGGCAAUCGAAGGAGGGAAAAAAGACAACAUAAUUAAUAAGUACCUUAUCGACCCCUUAUAUAAUUUAUUUGUUCAGCCGAAGGAUGAAGCGGAUGACCCGCACCUUCAGAAUAAUAAUAUAAAGUUCCUACCCUCCCAAGGGGGGAGAAACUACACCAACGAAUUGCAAAAAACGUACAGAGCAUUGUACGAUAUAUAUGACGGCUCAUAUGCAGGUUGUGGUGUGCAAUACAGAGCACAUCCAAAUGAAGGCGGCAGGAUGAACAUGGCACACCACUCGUUCAGUCGAAAUGUGGACGGCAACACAGGAGUGAGCUCCUCCGCGCAAAGUAGGGGCAUUCCCCUGAAUAAUCAAAUUGAUGGGAGCAGAAUAUAUAUGUGUCCCCUAAGUAGAAGCAAAUCCAUGAAUAAAGAAAAUGCGCCUCCCUUUGAGCACAUUCAGAAGGAGGCGUCCAAUUUGAGCGUCAAAGCUACCCACCAGGGUUACCUAAAUAAGGCUAGUCUGCAUGAUACACAGUUUAACGCAUUUCAUUCGAAGGAGAAGAGGAGAGAACCCACCUUCAGGGGGAGAGGCAGUGGAAACCUCCUCAACAUGAAUGGAAUUGCAAACUGUUAUAAUGGCCCCAUUAAAAAUAUGUGCUCCCUUAUGGAUUAUAAUUUUAUGAGAGGGGGCUACUACCCUCGCCAGGAAUGCCUCGCCAGUAAACUUAAGGGAAGAAGCUACACGUUUUGUAAAGAGAACCAAGGGGGGAGUGGCGGUACCCCAGUCGGGGCGCAGCAAAGUGGCGUCAUGAAAAAGUCCUGUACAUUUCAUGGGUACCAGCAGGGCGCGCACAAGGAUGGGCAACCGCGUGGGUACCGAGGAGUGACCCCUGUGGCGAUCCCCAUGGUGAGCCCUGCAUUAUCCCCUAUGUUAGCCCCUAUGGUGACCCCUAUGGCUACCCCUGUGUUAGCCCCUAUGCUAGCAGCCGUGGCACCCCCCAAGGCGCACGCACUGCACAACUGCAGAACGUACUGCCCCGACGUCGGCGGAAAAUCCCACCCGCGGGCGAACCGGCAGGGCAGCGCAAGUAGCGCCGCAAAUAGUGCCGCAAAUAAUGUAGGAAGUUUCUUUUCAAGCAAAGGGGCUGCCCAUAACUGGAGGCAAAACGGCGCCAGUGUUGGACACGCCGAACAGGUCGGCAGGGGAGGCCCCUAUGCGCAGAAUGGCAAACAGGUGCCAAGCAGAAAUGUGAAAAAUUGCACCCCUUUUGAGUGUAUGCCGUACGUGGAGGGGAGGCCAAAUGGGAGCAGAAACGACAAAACGAGUAGCAGCGUCUACAUGAGUAGUAGCGUCUACAGGGGUAGCAACGUCUACACGAGUGGCAACGUCUACAUGAGUGGCAACGUCUGCGCCCCGGUGGAGAGAUUAAAUGAAAAGGUGAGAAGACUACAGAGCUAUUCAGCGAAGACGAAGGCGCCUGUGUGUCUCUCAAAGAGCCAAGGGCAUGGGGCAGUACAGCCAAGCAUGCUCGACGGGGACAACGCCGGGGUGAUGAAACGGGCAAAGAGUUUAAACCCGGCGAGGUCUUCUUCUGGCCACCCCGGCGAGUUGGCCAUAUACCAAGAGUGCUACGUGCAAGGUGGGGGAGCACAAGGAGGAGCACAAGGAGAAGCAGAAGGAUCAGCACAUGGGGGUGUAAAUCGAAACGGAUGGGACAGCAACCUGGGAGGAGGCCAUACCUAUACGCACAACGGGAGGGUAGACGAUGCACACCCGCGUGACGCCAGCAGCAGUGCUGGUAUCUUCCCCUCCGAUAACAACAUUUUAUCGCAUGAUGGGAAGGAACCCCCCUUGAUUAGCCACCAUAGCAGUGUUAGCCGUGGUGGUAAUGCACCCCGGGGUAGCUGCCAAUUAAGGGAAAACAAACAAACCUUUUUUAGAAGCAGCUCGUCGAAUGAUACCAUUCGUGAGAAUUACCCGAUUGAAGUCCCCCCGUUUGAGGGAAAGGAGAAGAAUGACCAUCCACCAGCUAGCCAUUUACAUAACGAUGACGAAAUUGAGGUUUAUGCGGUUAGUCUGGAGCAAGACGGAGAAAAUAGUGUGUAUGAGGUGGAGCAUGCAAAUGGAGUUAUCAAUUUAGAAAAGGACCCCUAUGCGAAUUUCAAAAAUGAGGAGACUCACCAAAGGAAAGACAAAAGCGGUCAUCAGAGUAGCACUGAAAAGAUGGUGAGUUGUGAUGGGGAGUGGGACACCCCAUCGGCUUAUUUCACCCAUGAAGGGGAAGAACCCUUAUGGACGGCCCACAACCCUAAAGAGGAGAAUAACCCCUUUGAGGAUGAAUACAACUGUGAGAAUGGCAUUAGCAGCUCGGGUUUGAUUGCGCAGAAGAGACCAGACAGGGGUAGCCACCACCCCACUUGCACCGUCGUGCGGCACAAUUUUAGGAGAGAAGAGGAGAGGAGAAGUCGAGAGAGUUUAUCCCCCCCAGUGGAGGAUUAUCUGCACAGUUAUGCCAACUACAGGGGGGAGAAGAAAAUAACUAACGGUAAGGUGAAGGACACCAAAUGGACCCACUCCAGUGAUGAAAAAAAAAAAAAUGAAAGCGCUUCGUAUGUCCGUGCCAAAUGUGAUGGGGCACCUAAAAAGGAAGAAGCACCCCAUAAGGAAGGUUACAAUGCCAAGGGGGGGGAGGUUAUCAAAUUGAAAAAAUUGACAAAUAAGGAAACUUCGCUGAAGGGGAAGGUGAGCCCUAAUUCGAGCAAGAGUAAAAUGUGGCCAAGUGAUAAGAGCACGUGCGACGAAAGGAAGAAAAAAAAAGGAGCCGUGAAGAAGGCCAGCAGUGCGCUAGCUACACGUUUGAAACGGAAAAAAAAGGAUCCCCCAAGUGGAGCGGCAAAUGGAAGUGAAGCAAUCAAACAAGCCAUUCCAAUGAGGAAGGCACCGCCAAGUGCCUCCCCCUCAAAGAGGAACAAACGUAAACCCACGUCCAAAAGCACAAGCAACCGCCACGGAAGUGAAACUGCAAAACGUUUUAACAUAGUAAACACUGUGGAGGAAUCCGUGCAGGUUAAUUACAACAUCGGCGAAAAUAAAAUUAACUUCAAAAAGGAAAGCAUCGUAAGUUCCAGCAACGCGGUAUGCAUCGUGAGCAAGUUAGAGGAUGACGCGAUGAGCAUGAGGACGGGGAAAAGGGUCGCACGCAUCAAAAGUAAAAGUAAAAAUGAGUGUAAAAAUGAGUGUAAAAAUGAGAGUAAAAAUAAAAAUGAAGAUCCCAGAGGGGGGGAAGCCUACUCCAGUACGUCCAUCCAACGGGAAGACUGUAACUUUGUGGGGUCCCUUUCGGGUAGGUCCGCUCCUCUGUGGCCGGACUGCAACUUCGUGGGGUCCUUUUCCAGCAUGUCCAUCAAAAGGGAAAACUGUAGCAUUGAAAAGAGUUUCCGUUGCGCAUACUUGGGUGAGCCCCCCUCCGAUGGAAAUGGAGCCCCGCGGGUUGGGAGCUUCUCCAGAAAGGCAGCUAGCGCAAGGGACGGUGUAAAGAAGGUGAAAAAAAUAAAAAAAAAAGGAAAAAGUGCGGAGGAGAAGCAAGAAAAGAAGGCUACUGCAAUUUUGUCUACCCGCGUGCAGCUUAAAAAAAACCAAAGUGCAGAAAAGGAAAAAAAAAAAAAAAGAAAAAACGCAUGUACGAAGGGGAGAAGCGAAUUAGCCGUCGAGUUAGCCAGCACGGGGGAGGACAAUUCAAGCGUGAGGAGGGAACCCCUCUGGGGCCCAAAAAGGGACACGGAAAGGGAAAAGGGGAGGGAGAAGGGGAGCCCAAUUAACGCCCUCAUCAAGAGCAGCCGAAUGGUGCUGCAGAUGGAUGGUGCAAACGGCAACUCCACGUCGAAGGAAAAACGGUAUGAUGAAAAGGGGGAUUCGCUAAACAGCGAAGGGGAUAAGCACAUCUCAGGCAAUACGCACAUAGCGCAAACGCCGCCAAAAGACGCCUUCUACGAACAGGUUAAACAAAUGAAUCAUAUCCUAAGCAACAAAAACAACAGCCAUUUUUUAAAUCAAAUAGAAUUAAGCCACCUAAUAGCGAUUGAAAAGACAUUUAUAAACACCAAUGUGUAUAUUAACAAACAGGUUAUUACGUCUAGCACUAGGGGCACAAAGGGGGGGAAGACCAAAAGGGGAAGUAGUCCGCAGGAUGGCAUUCUUUAUGAUGACAAUUUCAGCAUCGUCUACUUAGAACAAGAUAUGAUAUACUUGAAGAAAAUUUUUUUAAAAAAAAUUUUGGCCAUAUUAUUAAGCAACGCGUCCUCAUUUAGAGAAAUCAAAAUAACCAUUCUGUUGUUGUAUUUUUUUGUUUCCCUUGAGGAAGACAGGGUUAUAUCUCCCAGCGUGUACCCCCUCAGUUUAAUUAAUUCUUUAAUACAAAAGUUUAAUUUGAAAGUGCGCAAGAAGUUAAAAGGGGGAGGUGAAGUUGAAGGUGCCUCGCUUAACACUUUCUCCCCCGCGCAGAACGACGCAGCGAAAAAGGGGCCCUUCGACUGCCUCUUCAUUUGCGACGGGAAGAACUACCUAUGCGUGAAUGACAACUCGCUGCCCGGCAAAACGUACAGAACCAAAAUUAGGCUGAACAACCUCAUCGGCUAUUAUCACUACAUCAACUUAAACAGGUUGACGUAUUACUUGGACCGGGCCAGCUGUGCUUGCGGCGGGGCGGCAAAAUAG